AUGGUUUCCAGUAGCUGCAUAGACGACACUUCUUCAACUUCAGAAUCUUUCGCCACCGCCACAAAACUCUCUCCUCCUCCGGCGCCGGCGUUACGCCUCUACCGUAUGGGAAGCGGCGGAAGCAGCGUCGUGUUGGAUCCAGAGAACGGCGUAGAGACAGAGUCACGGAAGCUUCCGUCGUCGAAAUACAAAGGCGUGGUUCCUCAGCCAAACGGAAGAUGGGGAGCUCAGAUAUACGAGAAGCACCAGCGAGUUUGGCUCGGAACUUUCAACGAGGAAGAAGAGGCCGCUCGUUCCUACGACAUCGCCGCCCGUAAAUUCCGAGGCCGCGACGCCGUCGUCAACUUCAAAACCCUCCUCGCGGCGGCGGAGGAAAAUAUCAACGGGGAGGUGGCUUUUCUUGAAGCUCACUCCAAGGCCGAGAUCGUAGACAUGUUGAGGAAACACACUUACGCCGACGAGCUUGAGCAGAGCAACAAGCGGCGGUUUCUCUCCGCCGACACCAACGGAAAGAACACGACUGAAAACGACGACGUUUUAAGGACGCGUGAAGUGCUGUUCGAGAAGAUUGUGACGCCUAGCGACGUCGGGAAGCUAAACCGUCUCGUGAUACCUAAACACCACGCGGAGAAACACUUUCCGUUACCGUCACCGUCGGUGACUAAAGGCGUUCUCAUAAACUUCGAGGACGUGGCCGGUAAAGUGUGGCGGUUCCGUUACUCGUACUGGAACAGUAGUCAGAGUUACGUGUUGACCAAGGGAUGGAGCCGGUUCGUUAAGGAGAAGAAUCUCCGAGCCGGUGACGUUGUUACAUUUGAGAGAUCGACCGGACUAGACCGGCAGCUUUAUAUCGAUUGGAAAAUCCGGUCAGGUCCGGUUAAGAACCCGGUUCAGGCUGUGGUUCGGCUUUUUGGAGUUGACAUAUUCAAUGUGACGAGCGGGAAACCGAACGACGUCGUAGCCGUGUGCGUCGGGAAGAGAUCUCGGGAUGUUGAUAUGUUUGCGUUACGGUGUUCCAAGAAACAGGCGAUAAUCAAUGCUUUGUGA